AUGGGGGAAGUUGUGAGACGGAGGCCUAUCAUUGCUGGCAGAGAAAGGGGGCCCGGGCCUGGGCGUUAUGCUCUUCCACCCACUAUUGGUUAUAUUAACCAUGACUACACCAAGCCCAGCAGCCCGGCCUAUUCCUUUCAUAGCCGCAUGAGCAGAAACAUGGUGUCUUUAGACUCCAGUCCAGGGCCUCAGUAUCAUAUAGAUGCCAAAAUGACCCGCUUUGGAAGAGACGGCACCCCUUCGUACUCCAUGCUUGGUAGAAAAAACAAGACAGCGGAGACAUUCCAGACUCCUGGACCAGGAGCGUACAGUCCUGAGAAAGCUCCACCUUUGAACUUUCACCAUAGACCUCCAUCUUACACCAUGGCCUUCCGCACACGUUACCGCAGUGUGGAUGCUGUACCCGCCCCCAACCGCUACACCUUACCUAACCUCACUGGUGCCCACGUUCCCCACAAAUCCUCUAGUGCCAGUUUCAGCAUAUCAGCAAGAAGGAAAGCAGGCGGUCCAUCAGAGGACCUGUCCAUGACCCCAGGACCUGGCCGGUACAACAGCACAGACCCUAGUGUUUAUCUGAAGAGACAGCCAUCUUUCUCCAUGCAAAGCCGUCAUAAUAUUCCUAUCGUUGCCAUUCGGAAGCCUGGCCCGGGCACACACAGCCCAGAGAAGGUCACGGCACACCUGCCUCGUGCACCAUCUUUCUCCCUGGGUAUUCGCCACUCUGAGUUUGUAACACCACUGAUUGUCGACGAAGCAAAUUGA